AUGACAUCAUUUUUGAAGAACUUUAAACAUUCACCUAGUUGCUCAAAAAAAAAGAACUAUAAGUUUGGAAAAACAUUGGGUAGUGCAGGGACAUAUGGUAUUGUUAAAGAAGCUGUACACAGUGAAUAUGGGAGAGUUGCAGUAAAAAUUAUUGAUAAAAAUUCUGUUAAAGGCCAUGAAAGUAUGGUUUAUGAGGAGAUGGAAAUAUUAAAACGUCUUCACCACCCACAUAUUGUGAGUUUUAAAGAAUGGUUUGAGUCAAGUUCUAAAUUUUAUAUUGUUACUCAAUUGGCCACUGGAGGAGAGUUGUUUGAUAGGAUUUGUGAAUAUGGAAAAUUUUCUGAAAAAGACGCUGUAAUUAUUAUUACUGAAAUUCUUGACGCGUUGUCUUAUAUUCAUGAUAAUCAAAUUGUUCAUAGAGAUCUUAAGCCCGAAAAUCUUUUGUAUCUGACAUCUGAUCACGAUUCUCCUUUGGUUCUUGCUGAUUUUGGGAUUGCUCGAAAUGUUAAAGAAGAUCAGGUACUUUUAACAGUAGCAGGGUCAUAUGGCUAUGCAGCACCUGAAAUAUUAUCGGGUCGUGGAUAUGGGAAAUUAUGUGACAUAUGGUCAUUAGGUGUUAUUACCUAUACUUUAUUAUGUGGGUAUUCGCCUUUUAGAUCAAGAGAUAAAGAUGAAUUGAUUAAAGAAACCGUUUGUGCGAAUAUUGUAUUUCAUCAGAAAUAUUGGAAAAAUAUUUCUCAAGAUGCUAAAGAUUUUAUUGUUUCUUUAUUGAAAAUCAAUCCAUCUGAAAGGCCUACUGCUAAAGAAGCUUUAAAACAUAAAUGGAUUACAGGAAGCAAUGCUAAAAAUAUUAAUCUAAUGCCUAGUGUUAAAACUGAGAUUGAUGCUCGCAAACAGCUUCGUCAUGCAAUUGAAAGUGUACGACUAGAAAAUAGAAUUAAGGCUUUAAAAAUGGAGACUGAUUCUGAUGAAUUUGAUGCUGAGGAAAGGCCAACUAGUGAAGGUAGCCCUGUAAAUUCUGAUACUUCAGGAUCAACUGAUAGGAGUUCUCAUCAUUCUGCGGAAAGAUCUAAAAAAGCUUCUGCUAAUGUCUUUUCAGAAGUUGUAUUGGCUAAACUCAGAGCUGAAAAUAAAAUACCUAAGGGUAAAAAGUGA